AGUCAACUGUCGAGAGAGCAAAUACAUUUGCUGAUGAGUCAAGAUGUAGGAUACUGAUUUGAAACUCGCUCACCAGCCCUGCGGGGCCCCUAGUCACUAAUACAGACUAUUCGCUGCCACCACCACUUUCCCCACAGCUUCUGGUGACUAUUUCACUUAACCGGUUAUUGGUCUCUUAACGGCAUGGAGGUAAGAUUAGAAGUUCUGACAUCAACAUGCAUCAAGCAGAAAAAGCCCUGGCCACACAUCUCCUGGUUGGGACAGGAAAAUGAAGCUGUUUUCCUGUUGGAUGAUGAACUCUUAAGUGAGAUGAACUUGCUGUCAGGAAAGACAAAGAGGAUCCCUACUCUGCAGCCCCUGCUGAAGGACGUCACCGCCCUGACCACAUCCAGUAACGAUGCCUGGCUGGCGGGGGCACUCGCCACAGGGGAGCUCUUCCUCUGGCACAAAGACCAAGACUGUUUGAGGACCAUACAAGCCACUGAGCAGCCUGAAGAGGCCAUCAAAGCUGCAGCAGCAAGCAGUCUGAAGCUGAACUUGUAUGUGUCUGGAGAUGGGAAAAGAGUUCUGCUUAUCGUACCUUCUGGAGGCAUAUUUCUCUGGGAACAUAGAGAAUUCGGUGAUAUCUUAUCUUCUCAAAGCCCGUCCCUCAGGGGUCAGUGGUCUCAGAUCGUCACACCUGGAGAAGCAGCUUACCUGCCAUCAGCCGCAGACAGAGAAGCCGCAGCUCACGCUGUUUUCACGAGAAAUGAGUUACUUGGAGACUGCUGUCUGUGCUCGUUUGCGUUUUACUCUGGAGAAAGCCUCAGGUCAGCGUUCCUGGCCGUCAGGUGGCAUGAGAACGGACUCACUGCUACAAGAUCCUUGCCGUACUGUGUGCACUGGGCACACCAAGACUAUCUCCUGCGUGGCCUGGUUCCACAGUGCAGACCAGUCAAGUCACCAGGGGCGCUCGUCUCUUCUUUCUCAAGAGAUGGCCUGAUGCUGGCAGUAGCUCUUAACCAGAAAGACCCAAAGGCAACGCAGCUGCUGUUCGUCCACACACUGACCCGAGUCUCCCUCUGCAGCAGCCUUAAAGGGUGUGGCAGUAAGAACCGCCAGGUGCCGGCUACACUUGUCAGGUCCUACUGGGUAGGUGACGUCAGCUGGACUCAUGAUAGUCUCUUUCUGGCUUGUGUGUUAAAACGUGGCUCCCUGGUCUUACUGACCUGCCAAGGUGAACUGCUCACAUCAGUGACAUCGGGCUGCUCCCUAGAGUUUGGGCCUGCAGAGUUCAUUCCUCUCCACCCACUCGUGACGUAUAGACCACAGUCAUUUGCAUUUCAAGAUUCAAAGGAUCACUCAGGUUCCUCGGAGUCCGACAAGGACCCUCUGAGGCAGCGGUUUUCCGUGAAAGCACACUCGCGGCUCCCCUGGCUCCUGGUGUCUGACGGCUACAUGGUCUCAGCCCUCCGCUUUCUUGACCCCCUGUCCCCGUCAGCCCUCGUGAGAUCACUGCUACUCGAUUCAGCCCAGAGGCUUGAGAAGACAUAUCAGAGUCUGCUAGUGGCUAAGCCGAAAGGCAAAAGACUGAACUUGCGGUCCCUGGAUUCUCUGAGGUCCAGCCUGUUGCAACACCAAGCAAGUCAAGCUGCAGUGGAUUCUGCUGUCCCCAGAUUCCUACAGGCAGAAGAACCAGUGAAGUCAAGUGCAAAAACAACUCUGCAGGAUCUCGGAGCAGAAGAAACGAAGGAAGACAAGCAUCUUCCCGGCAGCUUCCUUUCUUCCUCUUGCCAUCAAGCACCUGAUUCGCUCUUCAGUGGUGCCGCGGAGGGGAGGUUGGAGUUUGCAUGUAUGUUUGACACACUGCACGCGAAGGAGCCGGCCGAGGAGAAGGAUGACACCAUGACAGAAUUACACUCUGUCCAGAGAAAGCUCCUGGCCGCAUGGACUAUAGGGAUUUCAAAAAAUGUGGCAGAAAAAAACUUAAUGUUAAGUUACACAGUGACCUGUCUCAUUCAUUUUUUCUACAUCCUUCAGUUUAUAAAGUGUCCCUUGCCCCAACCUGACCUUUUUUCCAGCAGAAGCCCCAGGUAUAAUGCGUGGGAACUCUGUAUCUUCCAGCUCUUCCAGCAGUGCCUAUCAGUCCAUUACUGGGACCUGAGCUACAAGCUAGACGCAGGCCACUUGGUGAAACUGACCUCCAGUACUCUGCGGCUUCUGCUGACCCAGCAGCACCAGGGCCAGCUGUCCGCAGACAGGCUGGCAGCCUGCUUGCAUCUGCUCAGAAUGGUGACCUGCCACUACAGCAGAGUCUACAGCCUUCAGCCUGAAUGUAGCUCGGCCUCAGCUGGAGGACGGAGAACCGGGAAUCAAGACUCGCUGGUGGUUCCCAUUUUUCAAGUAUUUCAAGGUCGUGAUUCUCAGGAAAACUGGUCUCUCGUCACUGCUGCACAAGAAGCAGACCAUGUCCAGCGGUCAGGACCCAGAUUGACUGCUCUCUGGAGAUUAUUGUACCAAAAAACGUUAUGGUAUCAAAUGCAUUUAAAUCAGAAAGCUGCUGCCGGAGAUGGCCGGUUCCAUGCAGAGACAGCACACGAAGUGUCUACUGUCAGCUCCCUGCUGUGUCACGUGCAGGCCCACCUACAGGCUGCCGGGGCUCCUCUGCAUCAAACCCUAGGACUUAAGCCCAUCGACGGUGAAGAGGCUUUCCUGUUUGGAUCAUAUGAAAAGUCCAUCCAGCUGUGGAAGAAAGCUUUACAAGAAACGCAAGAAAAAGGAGGAAGACGGACAUGUUAUCUUCAGAUGCGCUAUUACCUUUCUCUUUUAUACUGCCACCUCUAUAACUAUAAUUUAAACGACGCACAAGGGUUGUGUGAUCAACUUGUAAGAGAAAUACUGAGACGGUCCCAACUAUUGGUAAAAGAAGAUUGUUCAGGUUGCCGUGUCGAAGUCACUAGGCAGCCUGGAAGACACAUGUCCAUAGGCGUGGCGUGUUCACACUGUGUGCUGUGUCUGCGAGUGUCUGGACGGCCCGCUCCUGGCGGGGCCCGGAGGGAGUCUGCGGUCGGCGGGCACGUCCACCCGGGGGCGGCCGUGAGGGUGGUGCGCUCCAUGGCUCGGUUCAUGGCCGCCUAUUUCACCGACCAGCGGCUUUGCGUCUUGCCGCCUCACAGUGUGAACGUCCUUCCUCCGCUUCACGCCACAGCAGAGCGCUCUCUGCGACUUCUCCCUCUGCAGCACUCCAAGGUGGCUGGCGCGGUCAGAGAUCAGAAGCUCUCGGCCGUGUGGACUGCAGACUACGCCCUGGAGUUACUCUUCCUCGGGGGGCUGGUCCCGGAGGCUGUGUGGUUGGCGCAGAAGCUGGGAGCCUGGAAGACGGCAGUUUCCAUCGGCGUGGCCCUCCGGCUGUUCUGCCAGCAGGACGGCACCCCCACAAGAUCUAAAAAGAAGAGUCUGAGCCUGCCAAUAUCUAUGACUCCAGUCCAGAUUUUCCAGAACAAACUGCAGUGUUUGUUGGGGCAGGCGACCUUUUCGGAGGCCAGAACUGACGAGGGCUCAAAGAACAAGCAGUUUACAGACCCCAUUGAAGAGGAAGAUGGAGACCUGCUGUUCGGCUCAGUGCGAGAGGUGCUGAGAGCUGCGGCGAUGGCUGAUGCCGACGUUGUCUCAGAGACCCUGCAGCUGCUCACAGGCUCUGCCAAGGACUUCAGCAAGAGACUGUGGGGCUUGGUGCCAGCCGGCCUCUACCUCCCAGCUCCUCCGUUAUAUUGUCCUCAGCCAGCUACUCUGAGUGAGGACGGCGGUGGCGACCCUCUCCUGAGGGCUGAGAAGGACAGUCGCCAGAAGCUGUCAGGGAUCCUGCAGCGUGGCCUUCUGCUUCUCCGAGCAGCGCGGUGCUGCUUCCCGGCAGCUCAGUGGUACAUCCUGCAGCUGAGAUGGGCGAGGAGAGUCAUGCAGAAGAUUCGAGAGAAAGGGUCCCUUCCUGCUCUGAGUCCCUUCCCUCAGUCGUUACUGGAUCACUGCAAAGGAGGGCUACUGUUCUUCCGUCCUGGAGCAACUGGGGACCACAAGCUCGAUGAUGUCUCCAUUAAAGCCAUAGAUUGCUUCAGGGAGCUCUGUGUCCUGUGUUGGAUGCUCCAUGUCCGUGACAAGUUGUCCUGUAUUUGCAGGCAGCACCAGAAAGCAAGAGACAACUUGGAGGCGAAAAAGGACGUGGAACUGGAGUUUGACUCUGACGUGGUUGAGCGCUGCCUGAGCGCCGUGGAGUGGGCGUGCCGAAUGCUACCCUUCUCUCGUUUCUCUAACACCGAAGAACUGAUCCAGGAUCUCAUUUUGAGCCUCAUUGGAGAGCUGCCACCAAUCAGGAAGGUAGCAGACAUUUUUGUGAAAGCGUUUCCUAAUCCAGAGGACGUAAGGGUUCCACUAAGAGAAAAAUACCACUCUCUCCAGCAGAGACUCAGACACUGUACUGUGAGAGGCCCCCUGGGUGAGGAGCUGAUGUCGGCCGUCCUCCAUUCUACCCGCCAGGGCAGGGUGAAAGCCCUGAAGCGUGUGCAGAGGAACAUCGGCUCCCUUGAGAUGAACGUGUGGGAGCCUGCUGACGAGGAGAGACCAGCUGAGGCUCCUGGCCUUGACGUGCUUUCCCUGGGCGCCAGCCUGAGCAGAAGCAGCCUCACAGAGCUGGGGAGCUCUCGGGCUCACAGUGAGGCGGACACAGCAGAUACCUUUUCUGAAGACAGAAGCAGGCUACGUUGCCACCAGAGAAAUGCCCCAAGUGGCAUGGAGUUAACACGGACUGGCAAGCCCAAAGAGAGAAAGAAAAUAGGUGAUGAGAAAGAAAACCUUAAAAGAAGAGAAGACUGUGACAAGUCAUCACAGAACAGACUGCCCGCCGUGGGCGCUUGGGAAUUUGAACGUGAUGACGACGAGUAUAUUCAAUUCCUUGAACUUUUCUUGAGUUACGUUCUUGAAAGAGAUUUACUUAGUUCCAAAGUCCCCGGGAUACCGUAUCUAACCAGUUUUUCUGGAACUCUUAGAGAGCACGAGCUAAAUUCUCUACUUUUCGAUGUGCAAACCACACUGAAUCGACGUCAGGGCAAAUCCCAAAGCCAAAGUGUGUUUCGAGCUGGCUCUUGCUUUGUCGCAGCCCCUGAGUCGGAUGAGCCUGAGCUUCCGGAAGGCCAGGGGCGUCCAGCUUCAACGCCGGAAGUCAGACCACUUCCAGAGAGCCCUUCCCGUGCAGUCAGAAAAAACAAAUGUGAGAGCGGAUUGUUUGGCUUGAAACAGAAGUUGAUUUACAGAGCACAGGAUGACAGUCCGGGGAGACCUUUAGUUGAGAGACUACCCGGCCAUGCUUCUUGGACUCCCAGGUCACUUAAGCCUGGAAGAUUCAUUUUCAGAGCCAGUCAUGGCAGUGAGAUUUCCCCGCAAGCACACCUCCCUCUGGCGCUGAGUAGCUGCUCUGGCUUCUUGGAGAGGCUGCUGGAGUGGAUGUUAAGGUGGGCCGACAAGAGACUGCCCUGUGACUCCGUGCUCACUGAGCGGAGAUCUCCACACAGUCCUGUCAUUCGCGUCAAGACUUCCACGGCUGCCGUUCUUACAGCGUUGUGGCUUUCCAAACAACCCUAUUUUGCUGUCCACAGGGCAAAAAAGCCCAGCAUGAAAGUGCUGGAGAGGCAACACGCUGACUGUGAGAGCAGACCCGAUGCCACCUGUCCCGGCCCUGGGCCCUGUCAGGCUGCAGCAGAGGGAGGGAGCGCAGGGAGGGAGUCCAGUCCAAGUAUCUCGAACAGGGUGCCAAAUGCAACGAACACCCCUGCCAGAACAGACCCUAACGGUGAUGCCGAUUCUCUCAGCGACGACACCGAGAGAGAUUGUGUAGACAUCGACGAGGACCAGUCAGGCGCGGUGGAGCAGGAGGACAUGGAACCUGAGUCACCAGGCUGUGAAGAAGUCCCAAAAGUGAUUGGAAGCCUCAGAAGUCCCAGUAUUGACAAGUACUUGGAGAACUUGGCACAGCAUUUGGAAGAACAGGAUUCUACAAGAGAGUCUCAGUGUCCAGUGGAAGACUCACUAGACACAUCUAAGGAGAAAGAAUCAACUCAACAAAAAGCUAUGAUCGAAGAAGCCUUUCCAAACCCUGAAAAUGAUGCUUGUCAUUCACUUUGUGUGGACACAAGCUCAGAAAUCUGUAGCGCACAGAUCUCUGCAUUCAAAGACGGGGCGUCCUCAGCUCCGCCUGUGGUAUCAGAUGGAGUCAGUGUUACUUGCCAAGUCCCUGUGCCGGCGCCAAGGCAGACCCAGAGAAGCAAGCCCAGAGCUCCACUGCCAGAGGCUUCCGACCCUGUUAGGCAGAUGCUGCAAGAUGAAAUGUUUAAAUUGGUUCAGCUGCAGCAAAUCAACUUCCUGAGCCUCAUGCAGAUUGUAGGCUCACCCUUUGCUAACCUUGAGGACACACAGCGGCUCCUUCAGCCACCUGGGCCCGUGCCUCUGGGGCGCAGCCAGACACCAAGCCUAGCAAGAGGGGGUGCUGCUGAAGACGCCGGUGGGGAUCUGAAGCGGACGUCUCCUGUGAAGCCACAGCACAUUGCAGAGCCCACUCAAGAGUCUGGCCAGAGCAGCUCACACUGCCAGGAAGAAACUGUGCAGCCCAGCCAAAGCCGUCAUGGAAGUCAACAGAAGCAGUCACCUGAAGAUGACACUUCGCGUGGGACGGGGGGCCAACCUCAGGAAAGGGGCUUCGCUCCAGCCUCGCAGAACCAGCCGACCUCUUCCCUGUGUCCAGCCCCACCUAGAAGUGCUCCCUUCCGUCUUCUGUCCACACCUUCUGCCAUUCCCCGGACACCCAGACUUAUCCCUCAUCCCAGAACCGUAAGACCUGAGGACGGUUUUCCUUUGCUUCAGCUGCCACCGAAGCAGGAGUGGAAGCCGUUUUCCUUCCAGACGGGAAGAAGCCCAGCUCCCUGGAGGCCCAGACCACAGCCACGAGAGGCCUGGGGGCCACCCGACUCAGCCCGCCCUUCCUCACCGCAGGGUGCGGCACAUGCUGCCCCCUCGGUGCCCCGCUUGGCGCCGAGCCGCUGUGGUCCUGAGGCCAGCACAGGAGAGGAGCAGAAGUGGGCAGAGGCGGUCCUGGGGGGAGUCCCUAAGCUCGUGCCAGCAGGCCGGUGUGCUGGGCCUCAGCAGGUGUCUCUUGAGGCAGCGGCCCAGAGCCUCCUUGGGUUUCCACUGCUACACCUGCAGCCCAGACCUGCCGGUGUCUUUUCCUGUGCUCCCAGAGCACCAGCCGCAGUUCCAUCGGCGCCCCACCCAGCUGCAGCCCAGGAGGGAAGGUGUCCAGGGUUCCUACUGCUCCACCCAUCUGCGUCCACAGAAAAUACGGGUAAAAAGCCACGUCUCAUCCCACUGGAAACCCUCCUUGCAUUUAAGCAGAGCCGACAGAAGCUCACAGGUGACUUAUUCGAACAAGACCGUCCCGGACACUUUCAGCUUCUAAAGCCCCAAAUAGAGUCCUUUGAGGCGAAACAAGGGAAGGACAGCAGGAAAAGGCAAAGGCGGCGGGCCCAGAGAGAGCAGCAGCAAGGAGUGGAGAAACCAAGUGUGUCGUCCUGCCCGGAGCACCCCGUCACCCAUGAUAAGGGCUCAGAAAUGGCCGCGCAGCCCGAGGAGCAGGCAGAGCAGCACGGUCCUGAGCCUGUGGAGGACUUCGCAAUUCCCUUGGAAACUCUACAAAAUGAUGUUACUACUUCAGCUGGGCUGCAUUUCAUGGCCUCUGUCUUAAAGAAAGCUAUCGAACAUCAGGAUGCAAGUACAAAUACGGACCCAGAUCGUGAACCUCUGAACUCUCCUCAGCCGCUGGCUCCAGACACUUACCGAGAUCUCAGACGUUCAGCAGAGAGAGUGGAGCUGCCUGCAUCAGCGUCUGAGACGGUUGGACACACCUACAUACAUGUGAUUGACAUUGAAGCUGAUGACCUGCUGCCAGAGUUUGCUGUCACCAGAGAGACUUCAGAGAGUGCCGCUGAGCCACAGAGUGGCUGUCUGCAAACCCCUUCCCCCUCGGAGUCGCGCCAUGUGGCGGCUUCAGCUGCUGGUGCUGCCACCCUGCACAGCGUGAAGAGUCAGGACUCUGCCUGUAUCUCUACAGAGUCAUUUUUUAAGCCUGCAAACAUGUCCCCUUCCUGUCUGGCUGGGAACUGGAGAGCUGGCAUUCCUGAGGCGGAGGAGUCUGAGGCCACCUGCUCUGCAUCACGGAGCACUCAGCACGUCAGAGACGUUCUGGAAGCAGCGUUUCCAUUAAGAGACGAGAGCUCGAGGUCAGAUGCCACAGAAGACCUUGCGCCCCAAGCCCCGAGCUUGGAGGCGGCUGCUGUGGAGGGUCACCGGCUGUGGCGGGUCCUGCAGGACGUCUCCCCUGCUUGCUCCGCGCCCCUGCCCGCGCCCAGCUCUGCCACUCUCCGACUAGAGCGCCUCAGCUCCAAGCUGCUGUCAGCCGUACAGGACACCGCCGAGAAUGUCGGGUGGGACUUCUCCAGACGCGGAAGGCCACGCCGUGCCGGGGAGGCUGAACCUGUGCAUUGGAUUGAAUCGUCUUCUGGUCCUGAUACUGAAAAAGCGUUUAUUUCAAAAACGGUCAGCAUUUCAGAAGAAGUGUGUUUUCCAGCUCACAUGGGCGACGAAGACCAAAGCGAGAGGGAAGAGACUUCAGAAGCUGGGCUCUCAGGAGCAGGAGCUCUGGCGACGCAGCAGACACGCCUGUUUCCGGGUGCAGAGUCAGCUGUCAGCCUUCGCAGUGAGCGGAGUGCAACUUCUCCCGGUGUGAAUAACAGUGAUGAGUUAUUUGAGAGUGUUUCGGUAGAUCCGCUCCAGAUAACUGGGCUGACUGACAUCGCAGACAUUAUAGGCGACCUGGUGUCAGCGGGUGGAGUUUCCAGUGAAGAGCUCGGCCUAACAGAACAGCAAGCUAAGAGAAUCCACAGGAUGAAGCAUUCUUCCUGCAGACGUCCCCAGAGGACCGAGACGGAGAGGCGAGAGAUUCAAACCUGGAUGAAAAAAAAAAGAAAAGAAAGAAUGGCAGAAUACUUACAUCAGCUGGCUGAGAAGAGAGGGCGAGAACACCAUCCUUUCUGCCCCAGAAGCAAUCCACUUCACAUGACCUCGAAGGAAAUCAGACGGAGACAGAAGGUGAAGCGUGAAAAAGACAGAUUGCUGUUCUCCGACCACUACAGUCGCCGCAUCUCACAAGCAUAUAGUCUGAUGAAUGAACUGUUGUCUGAGUCGGUGCGGCUGACGGCAGCUGCUCAGAAGCCACUGCCUGGCAAGCCCAACACGGCUCGGAUUUCCAGACAACAGCGCUCCCUUUCUUCAAGAGGAGAGAAUCGACAUGGGCACCAUUUCCCAGUAAGUCGAUAUGGAAAAGUUGGACCCAAACCAAGUCAAACCCGCGGGGGUGAACCUCUGAGACAGCGUCGAAGCUCGGCGUGGCCAUGCGGAACGGCUCCUUUCAGCGUCCAGAGGAGAGUUGACGAGGCUGUGACAGUGGGAAGACCAGUGCACUCUCCACACACCUUCCCCAAAGGCCCCGGUGCUCUGUGCUACAGUCUUCAGCACGCCAAGGACCUUGGAUGUGCCAGGCUCGCGUCCCAAGCCAGGCAGGUGUGUUUAGAGUUUGAGAGAGAGGAGGCUGUGGUGAGUCCCUGGACAGUGCCUCCUGAGAUCUGGAGCAUUCUUCACGAGAGUCACAGUUCCUUGCUCCAGGGCCUGUCGCCGAGCGCGACCGAGGAGUUUCCGGAGCGGCCGGCCAGUGUGUCAGCGAGCACGGGCAGCAUCCUCAGCGAGCUCGACUGGAAGGAGGUGGAGGACAUGGUUGCGAGCCUGAAGGACGGGCCCCCGCCGGGCCCUGACGGCUGAGCGGCAGCGAGUCUGGGCUUGGGGUCGAGGAGGCGGCCGCGGGCCUGAGCGACGAGCACGGGCGGCCACCUCAGAUGCUGCAGCUGCUGCCAAUAAAGUCGCGCCGACGCUCC